CUGACACCUACAGAGCUGGUAGCAUAUUUAAAGAUGAUUUACACUUCAGUUUGAUACUUUCCUUUCCAGGGGGUCAUACACAACACCAAAGACUGUUUCAGGCAAGCAUUCACAGCACCAUGUCCUAUCGCUCUAUAACAAUAGUGUCUUCUGGACGGAGCGCAGGGCUCGACUGCAAUGGGUUGAGGAUGCACGGCACUCAGUUCUCCUCACAGCCCAAACUCCAGUUGGAGGAGGACAGGGAGUCUGGCAUCGGCUCCACCCUUGACAUCAGCAGCGGCUUUGAGGGCUACAGCCAACAUACCAAUCACCACUCCAAUACACCUUCACUCAGGGAGGCAGACAGAUUCCCUAAAGAGAGAGAUAGCUCUCCACAGACCACAGCAGUGAGUCCGAACAAGAUCAAGCAACUCUUAAAUCUACUCAAGGUCCCUCUCCUCUUCGUCCUCCUCUUCUUCUUUGUUUGCUCCUUGGACACUCUGAGCUCUGCCUUUCAGUUAGCAGGGGGUAAAGUGGCAGGGGACAUUUUCCAGGACAAUGCGGUGCUGUCUAACCCUGUGGCGGGGCUGGUGGUGGGGAUUUUGGUGACUGUGCUGGUCCAGAGCUCAUCCACCUCCACCUCCAUUGUCGUCAGUCUGGUGGCCUCCGGACUGCUAGAAGUGAGGUCGGCUGUUCCAAUCAUCAUGGGGUCCAAUAUUGGGACUUCAGUCACAAACACCAUAGUGGCCAUGAUGCAAGCAGCAGAGAGGACCGAGUUUCAACGUGCCUUUGCCGGGGCAACAAUCCACGAUUGCUUCAACUGGCUGUCGGUCCUGGUUCUGCUGCCGCUGGAGGUGGUGAGUGGCCUCAUGACCCGGCUGUCACACCUGCUGGUCACCAGCUUCAGGCUUCCACCUGGGGAGGAAGCACCUGAGCUGCUCAAGGUCAUCACCGAGCCAGUCACCAAGCUCAUCAUACAGCUAGACAAGUGUGUGAUCACGGGGAUCGCCAUGGGAAAUGAGGACAUGAGGAACAGGAGCCUGGUGAAAGAAUGGUGCCAGACUGACCUUGUUAUGUCAACUGGCAAUGUGAGCACUGAAAACUGUGGCCCCAGUCAUAACUUGUCCCACUCAUCACUAAAGUGCAGGCAUUUGUUUGUGUCUACCGAACUGUCAGACCUCACCGUGGGCCUGAUUCUCCUGGCAGGCUCCCUGGCUGUCCUCUGCACCUGUCUGCUGCUUCUGGUCAAGCUGCUUAACUCUCUUCUUAAAGGCCAACUAGCAAAGGUCAUCCAUAAAGUCAUCAACACAGACCUGCCAUAUCCGUUUGGGUGGCUAGCAGGAUUCAUGGCCAUGUUUGUGGGUGCAGGGGUAACAUUUGUGGUCCAGAGUAGCUCUGUCUUUACUUCAGCCAUGACUCCCCUUGUAGGUAUUGGUGUGAUCAGUCUGGAGCGGGCCUAUCCUCUCACCCUCGGUUCCAACAUCGGCACCACUGCCACAGCCCUGCUGGCAGCUCUGGCCAGUCCCGGGAACAAGCUAGCAGCAGCCAUACAAUUGGAAGACAGGUCCUCUUUGUCCUCUCAUCAUACUCCUCUGCUCCUGCCAUGCUCUUAAACGUUUUGAUGUUUUAAAUGAGAUGCAACCAUCCCCACCACCAGACAUAGCAGUCUGGACAGAGUUUGCAUCAUCCUGCUGAGUCUAGUGUGAACCUCGGAGGCAUUCGAGACCAGUCUGAGAAGGAAGGGAAGGGGAGCCAGAAACAAGAAUCCACCAUGACACUCACUCCUGCAUGCACACACAAAUACACACCCAUUCUCUCCUUUCAGGCAGAGCUGAUCUGAGUGCUGAUUAUCUGCAGUGUGGGAUUGAGACAGAGAGAAUUGCAGUUUGGAUCAGUGCUGGAGUCCAGCAGGGUCGGGACGCGGUCCUGCCAAGCCCUCGUGUCUAGGGAUUCACAGCAAGGACCGGAGCUGCCCGGGCUGUCAUCUUCAUUGAAAUAUUAUUAUCAGAUAAAAAGUAGCACACUAUUUUUCUUCACUUGUCUAGAAUCUGCAAAGCAUUUUUUUUCUGUGACUGUUUUCAUUUUUUCUCCUGUGAUUGUUGUGCUCCCCGUGGAAUCUGUUACUUCCUAACUUACGCUCACUCACACUCAUUUACUGUACGGCCCUCUCCAGGUGGCAUGAGGUUAUACAGUAUGUGUGUGAGUGUUUGUGUUUUUACAGAACGAGGAAGUAAAUCAUGUACUCCCUUCAGAGACAAAUUUUUUUUCCUGCCUUUGAAGCACAACUUGCUUCAUGAAGGGAAGAAGUCAGACCACGUUUUUCAACAGCUAAUUUCACGAACCCUUUCAACCCUCAAGUGCCUCAGAUUUUUCUUUCCUAAGCAUUUUGCUUCACUACCCAGGUGCUGAUGCAGCAAUAAUCUAUCAACAGCAACUUUAUUUCUUGCAGGGUUAGAUGUUGUCAGAGUAUUUCUCAAAGGGAUUACAAUACACUUAAUCAAAAUGAUGAUCCAGAGACAUCAUUACUGAGAGUGGUAAAAUGUUGUAGCCUAUCACUAAAAUGCAAAUCUGCAAUAUUGUCCUGAAACUAAACAUACUAACAGUGUGCGGAGGAUUUCCCUUUGGGUAGCCAUGUUUGCAUACAAAGUGUUUUCUGUGCUCCUUCCAGCAAUUAUUACAAAUAGCUUCAAUUUGAAAUAUUUUAACAGAGUUAGUUAUUAGAUCACUGUAUAAUUGCAAUUAAUGAUUAAGCAUAAUGGCCAAGCUCACUCAUAAACUAUCAGUACAAAGCAAAUGAAGCCAGAUUGCUUGCUGAACCAGCAAUCACACACAUAUAAGCAGAAUUAAGAUUGUUAAAGAAAAUAUUACUUUUUUUCAAAUGCAGUAAUUAUUUUCAAACAGGUUUUCACUUGACAGCCAUGACUUAUGUAGCCCUAAAGUAUAAUAAAAUAAUUUCUACUUAAUAUUAUACUCAGAAACAUCAUAAUUGAAUAAACAGAAAUACUGUGGUAACAAAAAGCUGAUCCAUUAUUUUUCAGCUUCUCUCUCUGUGAAAACAGAAUGUUCUUUCAUGGCCAGUGGCUGUUGUUAAGUCAGCACUGUGUGGGCCUGUUGGGACUACAUGUUUACUCAAACCUUCAGAAGGUGCUGCACACAUACUUCACUUUACACGCCUUAUCCAAAUGUUCUCUUAGCUUACUUGUACUUCUUUUCCAUGAAUCCACUAAUGCCACUAAUGACAUGUAACAUCACGUUUUAUGUGUUUACAUUUUUCUUCUAAUAAUUAAGGUAAUAAUGCGCUUAAUGUAAUCGUGAGGAUGCAUUUAAAUGAGAUCCUUUGUUUUCAGUGUAGUAACCGCAUGCGAUGAUUCACUAGCAAGGACCACACCAUCAACAAGAUGCGUUUAAAUUUUUAUUAACGAAAACAAAAAGAUUGUGUGCAAUGCUUGAACUCGCUUGUGCUUCUUCGGUUUGCUGCUGCGUUGUGGGGAGCUUCGGUGGGGAAUCCGCUGUAGCACCCGGGCACGACGGACCCACCUUACUGAGAGGAGGAAGGAGAGGAGAAAACAGGAGAGAGAAAUAGGGGGGGUGGGGGCAGAAUAUGAGAGCGAAAAAGGAGGACAGGGUUAGGUGGGUAUUUAUAGGAAUGCUGGAAGUGGCACAACUGAGGUGUGGUCCUGCUCCUGAAACUCUGCUAGAUAUCGCCAAUAGAUAUGCAUGCCUGAACAUACUAUCACAGGAUCAGACCUCGAUGUCCAUGGCAGCGCGAUUAUUUAUGCUGUGUUUUUGUAAAACUUUGUAUUUAACUUGUUGAAACUUAAUAAAGAUUUAUUUAAAAAAAGCUAAAUGUAAUAUAUAAAACCCCUUUGCACUUUAAGAGGUAGCAUUAGCAGAAGCGUGUCAGCCACAGCUGCUUGGUAACAGUAAUAGAGGUGAAGACAAGUCACCUCUCACUGCAACAACUGGGAAUAAUGUUAAAUGUUAGAAAAUGUUCAGAAUUUAAAUCAAACUCACACACAGGGGCCUAAUUAUCACCGAAAUCCUCCUUGGCCAUUUAGUUUAAAGUGUUAAAUAACUGCAUUAUUAUAAAAGCUGCUGCACAACUUUCAUGAAGACAGAAGUGGGGAAAGUUAACUUGGGACAAUAUGGAAGGUUCCAGUAUUCAUCACAAAAAGAAAAAUAGAAAAUUAUUCAUGAAGUUUGAAAAGUUCUUAAAUCACUAAUCAUUUCAAGAAGUGUUUCGAUAUUUUGAAAAGUUCUUAAUAGAAAAUGAUUGGUGUCAGAAUGCAUGCAACUGCUUUUCAGAAAACUAUCUAAAUCAACCAGUUUUCAGUUCUCCUCUUUAUCUGUGCUGCACUCACAUAAUUACCUCCUUGGCAGCACAAAUACAUUUAUAUUGAAUGCAGCUGAAAAAGAGGAGAAAGAUGGAGAGAGAGAGAGAGAGAGAGAGAGAGAGAGAGAGAGAGAGACUCUCAGACACAUUCUGACUAGUCUCACAACAGCACUGCUUUCUAAACACCAGUCAGAGGAAACCAAAUUAUAACGCAAUGUAAAGAAACCUAUUUGGAACAUUGGAAAAAAGAAACUAAAGUAGAUCAGAGUGUUAUCUGGCUCUAAAAAGAGAUUAUGAAUUGGCAGAAUAUCUCUCUACUGUCAGAGAUAGAAAGCAGAGACAGAUCCUAACCAAGUACAGGCUCAGUGGCCACAAACUGGUAAUCGAAAAAGGAAGACACAAAAAAAUCAUGGCAACCAAAAGAAAACAGAAUAUGUGGUCAGUGUUCGACAGGUGAGGUUGAGACAGAGAUGUACUUCCUCCCACAAUGUGCAACAUUCAAUAAAAUAAGAAACAUGUACUUUAACAAGUUAAAUUCUGUAAUGUCAGAUUUCAAAGACCUAAAUGACCUCUCAAAAUUAAAAAUACUCCUAGGAGAAGCAGACAGGGCAUAUCUUGCUGCCUAAUAUGUAUCAACAUGCCACAACCUGAGGGACAGUGAAUGACCUACA